CAAACGAUAUGUCAAUGUCACCCAUCGCCUAAUGAGUAAACAAAACUAAACGUUUGCAAAGUGUGUGAAUUAUUGUCGCUUGUGAAUUUUACGAUUUUCUAUUGAAUAAAUUUGUUCUAAGUAUAAUUGAGACGAAGAAUGUCAUCACCAUCGCCAGCUAAAAAGAGAUAUCGUCGUGAGGAGCAAGGGGAAAAGAAGAGAAAUUCAGACAGCGAUGACGAUAAUUAUGUGCCGUAUGUGCCGGUUCGAGAGCGUAAGAAACACGAAUUGAUGCGAUUGGGUCGGAUAGCACACAUUGCCGAAAAUGCAAAUAAAUCGUCCAGCGAAAAUGAAAGUGAUAACGAACAGAGCCAGGAGGUGUUGGGACGUAAAUACAACAUCAGUUUGUUGGAUCAGCACACGGAGCUCAAGAAAUUAGCCGAAGCAAAGAAAAUUAGCGCCGUCGAAAAGCAACUGAAAGAAGAAGAAAAGAUUUUGGAAAGUGUUGCCGAACGAAAGGCAUUGAUGGCUGCCUCUGAAUUGGCCAAAGCUAUCGUAUACGAAGAUCCCAUUGAAACCAGUUGGAAACCACCACGACACAUUCUCGCCAUGCCCAAAUUUAAACUGGAUGAAAUCCGUCAAAAACAUCGCAUUCUCGUUGAAGGUGAAGAAAUUCCACCGCCCAUUCGAACAUUCAAAGAGAUGAAAUUGCCCAAAUCGAUAUUGUUGGCACUCGUAAAGAAGGGAAUCAAGAAACCAACACCGAUCCAAGUGCAGGGGAUUCCAACGAUUUUAUCGGGUCGUGAUUUGAUUGGCAUUGCAUUUACUGGUUCGGGAAAGACAUUGGUCUUCGUUCUACCGAUCAUAAUGUUUUGCGUCGAACAGGAGGUUUGCUUACCAUUUAUUCGAAACGAAGGACCGUAUGGUUUGGUCAUUUGUCCAUCACGUGAAUUGGCCAAACAGACGCAUGAAAUCGUUCGAUUCUUCUGCGAUAGUUUGAAACAAGAUGGUUUGCCUGAGGUGCGUUCAUGUUUGGCUAUUGGCGGCGUACCCGUCACCGAAUCCAUGGAAACCAUUCAGAAAGGUGUUCACAUUAUGGUUGCAACACCAGGCCGAUUGAUGGAUAUGCUGGAUAAGAAAAUGGUGAAUUUGCGAGUGUGCCGAUAUUUGUGCAUGGACGAAGCGGACAGAAUGAUUGACAUGGGCUUUGAAGAAGAUGUGCGAACCAUUUUCUCCUACUUCAAGGGACAACGACAAACGCUACUUUUCUCAGCUACUAUGCCCAAAAAGAUUCAAAAUUUUGCUCGAUCUGCGUUGGUGAAACCGAUAACGAUAAAUGUGGGACGAGCGGGUGCUGCAUCGAUGAAUGUCAUACAAGAUGUUGAAUACGUGAAACAGGAAGCUAAAGUUGUUUACCUCUUGGAAUGCUUGCAACGAACUCCACCACCAGUAUUGAUUUUCGCUGAAAAGAAACAGGAUGUCGACGCAAUUCACGAAUACCUAUUGCUGAAAGGUGUGGAAGCUGUCGCAAUUCAUGGUGGCAAAGAUCAAGAGGAACGUUCAAAAGCGGUCGAAGCAUUCCGUUCUCAGAUCAAAGAUGUUUUGGUUGCCACUGAUGUCGCUUCAAAGGGUUUGGAUUUCUCGAACGUACAGCAUGUAAUCAAUUACGAUAUGCCAGACGAUGUCGAAAACUACGUCCAUCGAAUUGGAAGAACGGGACGUUCAUCAACAAAGGGUUUGGCCACCACAUUCUUAAACAAAGCCACCGAACAAUCGGUGCUUCUGGAUCUCAAGCAUUUGUUGAUCGAGGCCAAACAGAAAGUGCCACCAUUUUUGGCAGAACUUUGCUCCGAGAGCGAACAACUUUUGGAAGUGGGAGAUACACAGGGUUGCAGCUAUUGUGGUGGUCUGGGUCACAGAAUUACCGAGUGUCCAAAAUUGGAAGCUGUACAAAACAAGCAAGCCUCAAAUAUUGGACGUCGCGACUAUCUUUCGAAUACAGCGGCCGAUUAUUAAAUGUACUCAUCACAGGAUAUACUCAUACUUACUCCAUUUGUUUGAAUUUGUAUUUCAAUUUCUCUUCUUAUCAAAAUGUGCAGAUAUAAUUGUAUUCACGAUCAUAUAUUCGUUAAUAAUAAUACGGCAUUAAAUUUUGCAAUUUAUUCAA